GAUUGUAAUUUUGUUUAGAACUUUUAUGUUUUCAAUAGGCUAUUGAAUUUUUAAUAUUAUUAUUUUUAGUGUUAUUAUGGAACGUAGUAAGCAGAUUAUUUUACUGUGAUAUUUAUUUUUACCUUUUAUUUAGAUAUGCCGUAGUUUAUUGUAAAUUGUAAACAUAAUUUGCUGAUAUUAUAACAUCAUCGCGAUACUAUCAAUAAUGGUGUCUCUCAUGUAUAGGUGGGACACCUAGACAGUUUAAUAUUAUGGACUUGAAACUCUAGCACAGGUAGGCCUCUGCAAUCUAGCGAGCUACCCUGCCUGGACCGAGAUAUCUUGGACAUUAUGUCGUUUGACUUUGAGGAGAUCAACUCGCUGCGUCAUGAACUGCAGAAUGUCAGAGAAGUAAUGCGUCUAACCAAGUGCAACAUUGAAGCACUUAAUGGCACAUUUGCUUCAUUUGAUCAUCCACCAGCAAUUUAUUUGACUGAGUAUCGAGAACUCACUGUGAAGCUACAUGAAUUAGAAGCCAAAGAACAACAACUACUGGACCAGGUUGACCAUCCUAGGGAGCAUCGUAAGACAGGCAGGGCCGAUAAGCCAUCUACGCCGUCUGUGAGGGUAAUUAGAGCAUAUUUACCUAAUAAGCAACGUACUACCAUUGAGGUUAAACAUGGGGAAACAUUACAUAUGGCCUUAGAAAAACGUUUACAGCAUAGAAAAAUACCAAUGAAUGUCUGUGUUGUCUAUAGACAUGGCACUGAUCAUCAAAUACCAUGGGAUACUCAAACAUCAGCUAUAGAAUAUGAUGAAAUUCAAGUAAAAAUGUGCUGGUUACCUAUCCAAGCUUCAUUUACUCAUGAUUUUUCUAAACGUACUUCUUUUACCACUUGUGAUCAUUGUCGUCAAUUGUUAUUUCAGGGUUAUCACUGUCGUUCAUGUGGAUUUAAAUUCCAUGAAAGGUGUUCAAUGGGUGUGCCGGUUUUAUGUAUUCCAACUAGAGAUUUAAAUAAUAGUAAUAGUGGAAGCCAUUCAAUUUAUCAAAAUUCAGCAGGUAUAUUGCAAUUAUCAUCUGAUUAUCAAUCCUCUAGACGUAGAGUACUCGGUCAUGGUGAAAGAUCAAGUUCUGAACCUAAUGUAUGUCGUAAUAUGGUAAACAUGAAUUGGGAUGAUAUAGCUGAGCUAAAACGCAGAUCACAAGCACCAUUAGGUGUUCCUCAAGGGUUCUUACCACAUAGCCAAAGUGCUCAAGCAUCACCUACUAAUGUACUAAAGCCAAGACCUCGAGCCAAAAGUGCAGAUGAAAGUGCUACUAAAAAACUACUUAGAGAUACUGGGCCUCAAGAGUCACUUGAAGAUUGGGAAAUUCCAGAAACAGAUAUUCAAAUGGGUGAUUGUAUAGGUUCAGGCUCAUUUGGUACUGUAUAUAAAGCUAAUUGGCAUGGCCCAGUUGCAAUAAAAGCUCUUAAAGUUAAACAACCAACUGCUGCACAAUUACAAGCUUUCAAAAACGAAGUAUCAGUUUUAAAGAAAACACGCCAUGUUAAUGUGUUAUUGUUUAUGGGUGUCAUUCGUAAACCAAAUUUAGCUAUUGUAACUCAGUGGUGUGAGGGAUCAAGUCUAUACCGUUGCUUGCAUGUACUUGAAAAAAAAUUUGAAACUAUGCAAUUAAUUUCAAUUACUGGUCAAACAGCUAUAGGUAUGAACUAUUUGCAUUCAAAGAGUAUAAUUCACAGAGAUUUAAAAAGCAAUAAUAUAUUUUUCAAUGAUUCUGUUGUUAAAAUUGGAGAUUUUGGUCUUGCGACUAUUAAAUCAAAAUGGUCUGGUGGCCAACAAUAUCAUCAACCAUCUGGAUCAAUAUUAUGGAUGGCACCAGAAGUCAUUCGAAUGCAAGUAGAUAAUCCUUACAGCUUUCAAUCGGAUGUAUAUGCGUAUGGUGUAGUGCUAUAUGAAUUGCUAUCAGGUCAAUUACCUUAUACUGAAAUUAACAAUAAAGACCAAAUUAUAUUUAUGGUUGGUAGAGGUUAUUUAAGACCUGAUCAAAAAAAAGUGAGAGCUGAUGCACCAGCAGAACUUCGUAAAUUAAUGGAGAAUUGUAUCAAAUUUGACAGAGAAGACAGACCUAAAUUUAAAGAUAUAGCCAUAUCUAUUCAAAGUAUAAUUCAUGCUAUGCCAAAGUUACAACGAACUACAUCUGAACCUACAUUAUCUCGGUCUAAUUGGAGUGAUGACUAUUUGUACCCUUCAGAAGCUAACAGUUAUAGAGGAGCUGCUGGUUUUAUUUAAAAUACAUGUAACUGUAAAAUUUAUUUUUACUCUUAUGAUUUAUAAUUUAUACAUUUUAUUUUGUUAAAUACAAUUGACCAAAGGACGAUAUUGCAUA